AUUCAGAGUGGAAAGGCCACCUAGUGACUAUCAGAAUAUACCUGAUAAGGUUUUUCCAAAGUUUGACAGAUUACAGGAGUGAAUGGCUUUUACCUUUCCUUUCUAGAGACAUUAAUUAUAAAAUAACCAUAGUAAUGGCGUCCAAAAAGAAACAAAGUACUCCGACUGACGACUUCUCAGCGAGAGGAGCUCCAGCACCACCAACACAAAAAGUUUUCAUUCAAAGGGACUAUAGUGAAGGGACUCAAGUUAAAUUUCAACCAAAAUUUCCUUCGGAACUCGAAGGAAAGAUUGAACGAGAGAAAUUUGAAUACACUCUUAAUACUCUAAAUGAAGUAUAUGCUGAAGCAGAAAAAAUGAGCUGUAGUUCAUGCUGUGAGGGUUGUUUUGCUUGCUUGACUGCAUACUUGCUAUAUUGUUGUAGUGACACACACUUUGAGAAGUGUUUGAAGAAGGUGGCCAAAUUUAUCAUUGAACAAAAUGAAAGAGUCUAUGUACCUAGAGGACUACUAAUUAUUGACCCUGUUGAACGGGGACUCAGAGUUAUCGAGAUUUGCAUUUUCAGCGACAAUCCUGCUUCUACGCCCGCCAGAAACAACUAAAGCCAUGAAACCUCUGUAUCUAUAUAUUUGUAAUUAUGAACUUGAGUUCUUCCCCUUCAUCUCCCAUCCUAAGUUGAUGUGAACAUGUGCUCAUCAUCAUUAACUAUCUAGAUAUUGUAAAACGAAUAAACUGUGAAAUAUUAUUUGAACGUUGA